AUGGCCUUUCCAGAAUUUUUGGAGGAUCUGGAUUGUCUUGAGGUGUUGGGCCUUCCUGAGGAAUGCGCAAUUCCUGAUGCUUUCAAAGACUUCCUUGGAGAUCAGGAUAUAGAACUAGAGAUGGAGGUGGCGGAGCUUUGUGACAAGUGCAGGGUUGACUACAUUCCUCUUCACUGGGGUGCACAGAAUGGCAUGGACGAGAUGGUCAAGUUUCAAUUGUGUGAAACAGAUGUGGAUUUCAAGGGCUCGCGUGACAGGACGGCCCUCAUGGCGGCAGCUGGCAGCGGUCACACCAGCACUGUUGACCUGCUAUUGAAACACAAUGCAUGGGUAAACCAGGUCGACGUGAUUUUCACUACGGCCCUCAUGGCAGCAGCUGGCGGCGGCCACACCAGCACCGUUGACCUGCUAUUGAAACACAAUGCGAUAGUAGACAUGUGUGACGAGUGUGGCGGGACAGCCCUCAUGUAUGCAGCUCACCGUGAUGACACCAGCAUCGUUGAGCUGCUAUUGAAACACAAUGCGUCGGUAGACCAGCUUGACGAGGACGGCGGGACGGCCCUCAUGGGCGCAGCUUGUGGCGGUCACACCAGCACCGUUGACCUGCUUUUGAAACACAAUGCGUCGGUAAACCAGGCUGACCAGGACGGCUGGACGGCCCUCAUGCGGGCAGCUGAAGGCGGUCACACCAGCACCGCGGACCUGCUUUUGAAACACAACGCGUCGGUAAACCAUGCUAGCAAGGAUGGCCUCACUCCCCUUAUGAUGGCUGCAAAGCGUGGCCACAUGGCGGCUGCUGAGUUGCUGCUUAGCCACGGAGCAAUCUUGGUCUCUACUGACAAGGAUGGGAUGACUGCAGCAGAGCUUGCGAGAGCUGCAGGGCACCACCAGCUGGCCGCGAAACUGUUCGAUGCUGGCUGA